CCUGAGGGACUGAACCAUCACUCCGUUGCUCGAAAUCCCAAAAAAUGUCGGCUCUCGCCCGCCUCCUCCGCCGCGCAUACUCCACAGCCACAGCGACCGCCGCCACCACUACCGCCACCGCUGCUGCCGCCGCCGUCGAGCCCAGUCUCAAAGCACUCUCCGCGGGCCUCUACAAAGAGCGCAGCCUCAAGCGCCUUGUACAAAAGUUCAAGAAGAACUCGGUAGACCCGCGAUUCCGCACCAAGAUCGGCGUUUACGAAGACGUCGUCCGCCGCUUGACCUCCGCGAAAUGCUUCAACUGGAUCGAGGAGAUUCUCGAGGACCAGAAGCGGUUCAAGGACAUGUCCAAGGAGGGUUUCAACGCCCGCCUGAUUUCUCUCUAUGGGAAAGCCGGGAUGCUCCAGCACGCACACGAGGUGUUCGACGAAAUGCCCAGUAGAAACUGCAAGCAGACUGCGUUGUCCUUCAACGCCCUUCUCGCUGCGUGUUUGAAUUCCAAGAAGUUGGAGAAGGUCGAGGAGUUGUUCAAUGAGUUGCCGAAGAAGCUCGAGAUUCAACCUGAUGUGGUGUCCUACAAUACCCUGAUGAAGGCCUAUUGCGAAAUGGGUUCGCUCGAGUCGGGAGUGAAGCUCCUCGACGAAAUGGAAAGCAAAGGUUUGGUGCCUAAUCUGAUUACUUACAAUAUCCUUUUAAAUGGGCUUUAUGCAAAUGAGAAACUUGAGGAUGGGAAUAGAGUCUGGGAGAAAAUGGUGGGGAAGGAAGUUUCUCCUGAUAUUAGAACCUACAAUGCCAAGUUACUUGGGUUGUCUUUGACAAAGACAACAAAAGAAGCAGUUGAGUUACUUGAAGAAAUGAAGAACAAGGAAAUCACACCUGAUGCUAUUAGUUUCAGUGUCUUGAUCAAAGGGUUUAUAAAGGAGGGAAAUUUGGAGGAAGUGAAGCGAGUGUAUGGUGAAAUGCAGGAAGCCGGGUUUAAACCCGAUAAGUUUGGUUUCUCAAAGCUGGUUCCAUUUGCUUGUGAGAAGGGCGAUAUGGGUUUUGCUUCAGAACUUGCCAAAGAUGUUUUCAAGGCGAAGAGGCUUCUCGAGGAGGAGCUGUUGCAGCAAGUGGUGGACUGUUUAGCUAAGGAGUCGAAGCUCAAGGAAGCAGAGGAGGUCGUCCAGCUUGGAAACAAGUGUGGUUACUUUCAUUAUAAACUGAAGGUGCCAACAGAGGAGCAAGCCAACUAGAGGUUUGGUUUAGAUGGGUUUGUUUCAUUUUCUUGUAGCAUUGAGUUUAAAUAAUUGCCAUGGAAAGUUUGUUCCUGCAAAACGUUAUGCUGUUCUUGUAUAUGCUUCGUUUUGGUAUCAUCUCUGCGUAAAUUGCUUCUCUAUCUCUCCUUUUUUUCG